GAAUGCCAUGCAUGCACACGUCCGCCUCUCGCUGCCAUGCACACUCGCUUCUGGAGCUUUCUGAUGCUGACCACCGCCGCCAUGUCGAGGGCUUAGCCCGCACAGUGUGUGUGUGUGAGUGUGUGUGUGUGUGAGUGUGUGUGUGUGUGUGAAGGGUUAGGGAAGACGUGAGUCCACCAUGACGGAACGCUGCAGUCUGUGGAGCGCCUUGUCGGCUGCAGCGUGCUGCUUCUACCGGGGAUCCUUCAUGCAGGUGCAGUUCUCCAAGGAGAAGUACCUGCUGGAGUCUCCUCCUGAGAAGCUGCGCAAGGAGCUGGAAGAGGAGCUGAAGCUCAGCCCCGCCGACAUCAGGAGCCACGGCUGGUACCAUGGACACAUACCCAGGGAGGUGUCAGAGACUCUGGUCGUGCGCCACGGAGACUUCCUGGUGCGAGACUCCCUGGUCAACAUGAGCGACUACGUGCUGACCUGUCGCUGGGACCACGAGGCGCUGCACCUGAAGAUCAGCAAAGUCCUGCUGAAGUCCAGCGACACCAAGGUCCAGUAUGUGUUGGAGGGGGAGAGCUUCGACUCGGUCCAGGACCUGGUCCGUUUUUACGUGAGUCAGCGUAAAGCCGUGUCCCAGUCCGGCGGCGUCCACAUCUACUGUCCAGUCAGCAGGACUGUCCCACUGCGCUACCUGGAGGCCACCUUCGCCCUCGCCAGCGCCAAGCAAGGCUCCGCCUACUCGCCCUCCGGCCACAGGGGGGCGUACAUCAAGAGGCGCAGCGUCACCAUGACCGACGGCCUCACUGCAGACAAGAUGCUACCUCACAGUGACUCUGACAGUCCAGUUGGGACACCACCAGGACCACAGCCGGAACCUGUGCCCACCUGCAGGUGUCCUUCCACUGUGCACCAUCACAAAGACGCCAUGAGGAACUGCGCCAUGAGCAUGGACCACAUCCAGGAGUACCGACGCCCCCUGUCGCCCGUGGGAGAGACCCCGCUGUCGCCGGCGUACUGCGCAAUCAUGAGACAGCGGGCCCACUCGGGUGGGCGUGUCCUGGCCGUGGUGCCGCCCUCACCCGUCACGCGGCGUUCCAGCGACCCUCAGCUCAGCCCGUCUUCCGGCGGCCACCCCCCCGACCAUCCCGCCUUCCACUGCGCCCACUCCUCGCCCGCGCAUGGUCCCGCUCUCCAAGCGCGGCCCUCGGGCAGCUACUGUGACCUCAGACCCUGUGCGGGCGGCCCCCCCAAGCCUCCCACCAAGACCUACGUGGAGCGAUUGCGGGUGGAGGAGGGGAGGAGCGAGGGCAGCAGGCAGGAAGGAGACGCCAUGUGCAGCGCUCCGCUGGUGGAGACCGCAUCCUUCUUCAGGCCAGCCAGGUAUGAGUGUUGCAUCAUGUCCGCUGACAACAAACCUCUGGAGAUGUCCGUGCUGAAGAAGGUGAAGGAGCUGCUGGCUGAGGUGGACGCUAGCACCGCUGCUAAACACAUCACCUUGGUGGACUGCACGGUUGGCAGAAUAGUGGGCGUGUCCUCAGAGAUGCAAAGGAUGAUGGGAGUUUCCUCGGGCUUGGAGUUACUGACGCUACCUCACGGACACCAGCUGAGACUGGACCUGCUGGAGAGGUUCUACACCAUGUCCAUGACGAUGGCGGUGGAGCUGCUGGGCUGCACGGGCAGCACGGAGGAGAGGGCGGUGCUGCUCCACAAGACCAUCCAGGUGGCGGCGGAGCUGAAGAGCAACCUGGGAAACAUGUUUGGCUUCGCCGCCGUCAUGAGAGCCUUGGAUCUGCCGCAGAUCUCCCGCCUGGAGCAGACGUGGGUGACGCUGCGGCAGAGACACACAGAGGCCGCCAUCUUGUACGAGAAGAAACUCAAACCUUUCCUCAAGAACCUGAACGACGGCAAAGAGUCCAGCAUCCUGGCCAGCACCACCUUCCCGCACGUCAUACCCGUCCUGGCGCUGCUGGAGCGAGGCCUGGCCCUGGGCGAGGUGCCGGAGCCCUGGGAGAGCGGCGAGGUGGGCGUGGACGUGGUCAUGCACCACCUGGAGGCCGCACGCAGCGUGGCGCACCACAGGGGGGUGUACAGGAGCAACGCCCAGAGCAAACUGCAGGACUUCCAGGUGCAGGAGGAGAUAGCGGCCAUCUUCCACACUGAGUUCCAGAUGCGUCUGCUGUGGGGCAGUGGAGGGUCAGAGGUCAGCCAGCAGGAACGUUACCACAAGUUCCAGCAGGUUCUCACCGCACUCUCACACAAGCUGGAACCUCCGCCGCGACACAGCCAGCUAUAGCCACCCUCACGCGGGCACCACCAAGGACAACGGUCAAGGAGGACAGCGGUCAAGGAGGACAGCGGUCAAGGAGGACAGAGGUCAAGGAGGACAGCGGUCAAGGAGGACAGGUCAAAGAGGACAGAGGUCAAGGAGGACAGAGGUCAAGGAGGACAGCAGACAGGCAGCUACAACGGGACGGAGGUGAUGCUAGGCACUGCACUCACUAAGGCCACGCCUCAAACUGUGGCCACGCCCCAAAGUGUGGCCACGCCCCAAAGCGUGGCCCCCAGAGGACACUAGUGGGAGGAGCAAACCCGCGUCCACACACGCACUUCCUGCUGUGGUAGAACCACUUCCUGUCACCACUUUGGGCCUGAUCUACUAAAACACCUGUUUGUCUCGGUGAUCAUCACAACCAACACACCAAUUCAGCUCACGCAGUGUGAUUUAUCAAGACCAAUCUGCUCAAAUAAUAGUCAUGUUGUCCUUUCAGCAAUAUCCUUUCAUCAUUGUACAGCUGCUGCAUGGGACCAUCCAAACUAAUGCUAUCUCUGCCUUUUUGUCAGGAAAUAACUCAUGUGAUUAAUCACCUAACUCAUGUGAUUAAUCACUUAACUCCUUAACUCAUCUGAUUAAUCACCUAACUCAUGUGAUUAAUCACUUAACUCCUUAACUCAUCUGAUUAAUCACCUAACUCAUGUGAUUGAUCACUUAACUCCUUAACUCAUCUGAUUAAUCACCUAACUCAUGUGAUUAAUCACUUAACUCCUUAACUCAUGUGAUUAAUCACCUAACUCAUGUGAUUAAUCACUUAACUCCUUAACUCAUCUGAUUAAUCACUUAACUCAUCUGAUUAAUCACCUAACUCAUGUGAUUAAUCACUUAACUCUUUAACUCAUGUGAUUAAUCACCUAACUCAUGUGAUUAAUCACCUAACUCCUUAACUCAUGUGAUUAAUCACUUAACUCUUGUGAUUAAUCACCUAACUCCUUAUCUCAGCUGAUUAAUCACUUAACUCAUGUGAUUAAUCACCUAACUCAUGUGAUUAAUCACUUAACUCCUUAACUCAUUUGAUUAAUCACCUAACUCAUGUGAUUAAUCACUUAACUCACGUGAUUAAUCACCUAACUCCUUAACCCAUGUGAUUAAUCACUUAACUCAUCUGAGUAAUCACCUAACUCAUGUGCUUAAUCACUUAACUAAUGUGAUUAAUCACCUAACUAUUGUGAUUAAUCACCUAACUCCUUAACUCAUGUGAUUAAUCACCUACCUCAUGUGGUUAGUCACCUAACUCCUUAACUCAUGUGAUUAAUCACUUAACUCAUGUGAUUAAUCACCUAACUCUUGUGAUUGAUCACCUAACUCCUUAACGCAUGUGAUUAAUCACCUAAAGCAUGUGAUUAAUCACUUAACUCAUGUGAUUAAUCACCUAACUUGUGAUUAAUCACCUAACUCCUUAACUCAUGCGAUUAAUCACUUAACUCAUGUGAUUAAUCACUUAACUCAUGUGAUUAAUCACCUAACUCUUGUGAUUUAUCACCUAACUCCUUAACUCAUGUGAUUAAUCACCUAACUCAUGUGAUUAAUCACCUAAUUCCUUAACUCAUGUGAUUAAUCACCUCACUCAUGUGAUUAAUCACCUAAAAUGAUUUUUAUACGCAGAUUAAUCACCCAAUUUAUGUUGAUGCUACAACAUAACUUUGACCGUGUUUAUAUCUACCAAUUCACAUCAAUACAUGAGGAAAUGAAACAAUACAAUGAAAUAAAAACAUAACACCAUAAAAUAAAAAUAUAACAAUAAAAUGAAAUUAAUAAUUGAUAAUAAAAUACAAUCAAUAUUUGAUAAUCAAAUGAAAUACAUAUACUGUACAACAGUAAAAUGAAAUAAAGUUAUAAUAAUAAAAUGAAAUAACAUUAUGAUAAUAAAAUGAAAUAAAAUUAUAACAAUACAAUGAAAUAAAAACAUAACAUUACAAAGAAAUGACAAUAUAACAAUAAAAUGAAACACAAAUAUAACAAUAAAAAAAAUAAAAUAUAACAGUAAAAUUAUAACAAUAAAAUGAAAUACAAUUAUAACAAUACAAUUAAACAAGAAUAUAACAAUACAAAGAAAUAUGAUAAUGAAAUGAAAUACAAACAUAACAAUAAAAUGAAAUGAAAAUAGGAAAAUAUCAUGAAAUAAAAAUAGAUAAGAAAAUGAAAUAAAAAUCUAACAUAAAGUGGACUGAAAAUAUGAUAAUAAGAUGUAAUCAUCUAAAUGGUGAUGCCUAUUUAUGGACUUGACAUCAAAGUUUUGCAUAUACUGUAAAAAGUUGUCAUUGUGACAAUAACAUUGAAUUGUUGUCCAAAUGUUCCUAAAGAAUGUUUAAUAACUUGUGAUUAUUAAUCAUUCAAUUCAUCUGAUUUAAAAACAUCAUCACUCGUUUUUCAAUGACUUUUCUUUUGUCGUAUAAAAUAUAUAUUAUUAACAUAUUUCCUGUAUUUUUAAAAAAACCUUGCAAUAUGCAUUUUCUUAGGGCUGGAACAUUCCAGCACACGCUGGCAGUUAGCGCCACCAUCUUCUGGAUGCUAACGAGAAGUUGUAGGUGGCUGCGUCUAAAAUGCCCAUAAAAAGUGCUGCAUGUUCCAUUUGUGUGCUGCAUGCUUGCAAACAUAACCGGCGGGGAGGGAGCAUGAGUGUCUCCAUGGUCGCGUUAAGUAUGGCAGCUGUCAAUCAAUCACACCUGGGUUUGGAUCUUAGUAGGUCAGGCCCUACAUCUCCCUCUGUGUGUGUGUGUGUGUGUGUGUGUGUGUGUGUGUGUGUGUGUGUGUGUGUGUGUGUGUGUGUGUGUGUGUGUGUGUGUGUGUGUGUGUGUGUGUGUGUGUGUGUGUGUGUGUGUGUGUGUGUGUGUGU